CACAGCCUCGUUAGUCACGACUUCCCGUUAGAUGGAGACAGUUUCAGUCAGCAGAGUCCAGCGGCUGCAGAGAUGCUGCUUCUCCUCUCCGUCCUCCUCGCUGGACGCUUCUGUCUCAGCUCUGCUGGUGUUCCUGAACGUGUGGCGCAGCAGAACACGCAGGUGACGCUGCCCUGUCCUCACAAGGUGGGAAAUGUUCAGUGGAGCCGCUUCAUAAAUGGUGCAAAGGUCGUUAUUGUCAGGAUUGAAGACGGGAUGGAGAAAAUCCCUGACAAGCACUACGGCUCCCUGGCAGAUAAUUCACUGGUCAUAAGAGAUGUGAGACUGUCUGAUUCCACUAUGUAUUUUUGUAAUGACAGCAGAAUAUAUCUGCAAGUGACAACAGAUCCCAACGUGGUCACACAAAGAAACAAUGGACUAAAUGAGGGAACUGCAGCCGAGGACCCACAGAACCAUCGGUCCUCCGGGUCCUGGAAACUAGCAGCCGGUGCCGUCGUGGGUGCUGCUCUGGUGACUCUGGUCGUCUUCCUGCUGAGGUUCUGCCCCAAAAACAGAGAAGAGACGAACAGCAACGUGAACGAGACCGUCACCGAUGUGAUUUACGAGGAGAUUGAAGCUGGCGAGGAGCAGCUGAGCAGGGACUCUGAUGUGGAGAGUCCGUACUACUGGACCAGCAUCAGUGAGACGCUGAGCACCUCCACGCCACCCAAUCACAAUCUGUACAGCAGCGUGAACAAGCUGAAGACUGGAGGACACAGCGAGGAGGCCGUUUACUACCUCGCCCAGAACCCAGAACAGACAGGAAGUGUCAGCCUUUAACCUGUCACCUCUGACAGAACCUGGUCAUACUGAAGACAUGAGAUGGAAGAAUUCUGCAGUACAUGAUCUAAAAGCACCGUGUUGUAAAGUGUGAGGAUGGAAACAGUCGCCUGACAGCUGUUCAUGUUGUCACAGAGACCAAAUUCAUAUUCAUUCAUCUGAUCUUUUUUCUCUGUCUGAAAAUGUACUAAAGAAAGUGUAAAUGAUGCUCUUGUAAUAGCAGAUUAAGGGGCACAACACGUUCUUACCUUUUAAUUAUAUUGUCUAUUUGUUGCUAUUUUGUGUAAUAUUCUGUCCUUUUGCUGCUGUGGAAAACACAUUCCCCUGUUUGUGAGGCAGUAAAGGAAUAUUGAUUCUGAUUCACUUCAGUGUCAUUUUGAAAUUAAAAUAAUAA